GUGCCGCGUUUUUUACGCAGGCGCAGAUCACGCUGUUUGUCCAGUUUUCGCUGGUUGACUUUUACCUGCGAGGUAGACUAGUUUCGGUUGGCCGGUGAGACUAAGCAGCAACAGCCGCCGGGGUCAGGUCCGGUCCAGAGGUGUAGAGACUUUCCUCCUCCCUCCUCGGCCCCUUGUGACUCAGGGGUUCCCACUGCGGAGCGUCGGACGGGAUUUCUCCCGUCUUUUGGAGUCGGUGCGCAACAGCGAGCGAAACAGGCGGCAGGUGUACGGGAGAGGACAGGACAGGAGGAGGAGGAAGAGGAGGAGGGCUGCUUGUAUUUCCGUGAGCCCUGUCGUUCACACGGGGCUGAAUGGUUCAAAAUCAACUGGUUGGCUCCUCGGUGGUCGACCUGUGUUAGUUUCAUUAGUAUGCGGCUGGAGUCCCCCGCUGCUCCCGACGUCCAGCCCGAGGACUGAUCGGCAGCCCUGAAGUCUCCUCCGUGCCUGCUUAGUGACUCCUCACCCCGGGGAGGAGGAGGAGAAGGAGGAGGCGGCGGCAGUAGCAGGACCCCGGCUGCAGCGACUGUUGUACGGAGCAGUUUUCACGGACACAAUACGGACCUCUUCUCAUCGUGGAUCGGGAAGAUGAUGGGCUUUCUGCGCCGGACGUUCAGCCGCCGCUCCCUGAGCCGCUUCCAGACGAGAGAGAGGGACGAGCGGGACAGUAAAGGGGGGGGAGGUGGUGGAGGAGGAGGGUUAUCUGGGAACAACCCGCUCCUGGCCCACCAGCAGCAGGUCGCACACGCGCCCACCGUGGUCACCGGGGGAUCGUCGAUUCACAUCCCAGCGGCCGGGACGGCGAGGACCACCAUCACCUGCCGCGUCCUGCUGCUGGACGGCACGGAUGUCAACGUGGAAUUACCCAGUAAGUCCAAAGGCCAGGACCUUUUUGACCAGAUCAUGUUUCACAUAGAUUUGCUUGAGGCAGACUACUUUGGCUUGCAGUUCAUGGACACGGAUCAAGUUUCACACUGGCUGGAUAUGUCCAAGCUUAUAAAGAAGCAGAUCCGAGAUGGUCAGCCGUACAGGCUGUUCUUCAGGGUGAAAUUUUACUCGUCAGAGCCAAAUAACCUGCGAGAGGAAUUUACAAGGUAUCUGUUUGUGUUGCAGCUUCGACAAGACAUUCUGUCUAGCAAGUUGAAAUGUCCGUAUGAUGUGGCUGUAGAGCUUGCGGCACAUUGUUUACAAAGUGAGCUGGGAGACUGCGAUCCUUUGGAGCACUCUCCUGAGCUGGUGUCGGAGUUUCGUUUCAUUCCCAAACAGAGUGAGGCCAUGGAGGCAGACAUCUUCAGCCAGUGGCUGAAGCUCAGGGGAAAGAGCCCUUCUCAAGCAGAGAUUUCUUUUCUCAACAAAUGCAAGUGGCUGGAACUUUAUGGGGUAGAUAUGCACUUUGUCAAGGGCAGAGAUGGAGGAGAUUAUGCACUGGGUCUCACUCCAACUGGCAUCCUGGUAUUUGAGGGCUCCACCAAAAUUGGGCUUUUCUUUUGGCCCAAAAUCACUCGCCUGGACUUCAAAAAGAGUCGACUCACACUGGUGGUGGUGGAGGAUGACGAUAAGGGUCGGGAGCAGGAGCACACGUUCAUGUUUGAGCUGGCCAGCGCCAGGAGCUGCAAACACCUGUGGAAGUGUGCCGUGGAAAGUCACUCUUUCUUUCGGCUGCGCCAGCCGACGACGGGCAAGGCGAGCCGCAGUGACUUCACACGACUCGGGUCCCGCUUCAGAUUCAGUGGAAAGACAGAGUAUCAGGCCACUCAUGGAGGCAGGCUGAGGAGAGCCAGCACGUUUGAGAGAAGGCCGAGCAAGCGCUACCCCUCCCGCACACAGUCACUAGGCAAAGUUGCUAUUUCUCCAGCCAAGCCUCCACAUAUCAGCACUCACGCCAGCCCUGAUCCGAGUCUGCCUCGGUACCAACACAACAUUCCUAUUGGCCACGAGCCCUGGUGUCCACCCCAUUCCACGCUCACUCCCCCAGUUUACCUGCAGCCCUCCAGACACACACCACCUCACAGUUUCCCGCUGAGUGGGCCCGCUUCAGAUCAUCAGUUUAGCGUCGAGGAGAACGAGAAUUCGUAUUCUGGCAAGAUCCACCACCGCCACCGUCGGCACACACACAGCCAGGACACGCUCUGCCACACGCACACCAAGAACAAACGUCAAGCUCCUCCCUGCCCUGCAGAUGUGUUGGACAUCUCUCAAUCUCUGCUCAAGGCUUUGGAGUCCGAAAAUGAUUCUCCUCCCUGGCCUUCGCUGCACAUCAACAUCGACAACAAGGGAGAAGAGAAGCAACUGUCUGAAAAGUCUCUGCACCCUCCUGCUUCUCCAGCGAUGCUCCCCGACCAUCUCAAAUGUAACAUCCUCAAGGCCCAGAUGGAGGCAGCCUUCAGAAAAGAAGCCCCACCAACACCCAGAGGGAAGAGCUCAACUGAGACCCUCAAUGAGAGGUAUCAGAGCUCCUCCCAAGACUCAGCAGGAUCCAGUCUGACAGCAGAAAAGACACCCCACUGGCAAGACCGCAACCCAACGCCAGAGAGGCUGCAGCCCAAAUCCAACCCGAGCACCAACCGCAGAAAACGACUGGUCCGACAGUUCAGCUUUAACCAUGAAGAUGAAGAUAAUCUCCCUGAAGCACUUGCGGCCAUCUCCUCCCAGAGCACAGCAAAGUCAGGGUCUAGCAGCUCACUGGACAAGCAGAUACAGCCAUCUAUCUACCCACAGGGGGAUAAUAUGCCAGCAUUGGAGCUGGGUAGUCCAUGCUGUCCCUCUCUUUCGCCCUCCCCUCAUCUCUCCCCUUCUUACUACCGUAGCUCCAUUCCUCACCUGGUCCCUUACCUUGCUGCCCAUAACGACAGUGCCGAAGAAAUUAGGGUGGACAGGGAGAAGAUCCUGAGAGCCCUCCUGAUGACAGAGCUCUGAGGCCUUGACCCUUCAGGGGGAGCUAAGAAACCCCGAAGUCACUGGUGUCAGUCAACAUUUGUAUAUUUGCAUUGCACAUUUAGCAGUUUUUAAAUAUAUAUUUGCAUAAAGGCGGUUGUAUAUUUGCUUAUUUGCUAUUUUAGAAAGAAGGCUCUUUAUAAUAACUGAACUGAAACUGUAUAAAAGGUGAAAUGGAAACAAGUGGAUUCACACACACACAUGCAUUACAGACAAGCUACAGACUGUAUUCCUGGUGCUGCCUGCAUGAUUAAUAUGUUUCCCUAAACGAUUAUCAGAUUUGCUUUGGAUUUCUGUUUAUGUGAGUUCAUCACCAUCAUCGUCGUCGUCACUGUGUCCUGUCUUGAUGCCUAAACCGUGUUUCAGACAGCGACUGUUGAAGCUUUGAUCUCCACACAAAAAGCCCUGCUGAAAUGAAAAAUCACUUCACUUUCAAAUCAGUUUGUUCAAAAUGUAAAUACUCAUGAUAUCUUGAGAACAGAGCAGAUGUUGAUGAUUACGUCAGUACUGUAAUUCUUAUGUCAGACAGCCAAAAACAUCUGCAGCAUUGGUGGUUUUAAAGAAAACCCUGAACAUAGUGAGCUGAAAGUGAAAACUGACAGAUGAUGUUGACACAGGGUUGUACUGCAGAACUGUACAGCUAGCAGUCUCAGUGUGCCCACCAGGAGGAGCCAAAGCUCCUGGGGAAGCAGGCUUGAUCUUGUGUUACAGGUUAUGAAAAUCCCUUUGCUUUUUUUUUUUUUUUUCAACAUGCAGGUCAAAAGCAAAUCUGGUCUCAGAGGUCAUACCCUUGAAAAUAAUGUAUUAGUAAGCAAAAACAACAACUAUACUUGAGCCCUUUUUCUUUUCUUUUUUUGUCACAAUCACAUCUGAGGCGGCACAUGAUCUGUUCCUGUACUGUAAGUUGCUGAUUGAGUUUUCCUACCCAGGGCUGGAUCUUAAUAAAGGCCACAUCAUCAA